GUGUGCUCGCCCCGCCCCUCGACGAGACUCCUAGUAUGGGAAAGCUCACCCACUUGAGUUCAUAGAAGUCUUUACCACAACCAGACGACGACCUCCUUUUUAGACCACGUUUUAGAGCCUACAAUACUUGCUUAGCCCGGAGUAAAUUGGACAUGGAGAACUGUCGAAUGAUGGUGAGUCAAACGCUCAUCCCAAGAUGUCAGGGGAGUGGCACCGCACGACGGAACCUGUUCGGCCCGGUCAACCACAAGCAGUUGCGCGUGUUCUUCCGGACUGAAAUGAGGAAAGACCUGGAGGAGGCGUCGCGUCGCUGGAGCUACGACUUCAUUGCUGACAAGCCUCUGAAUAGCGGCCAUUUCCACUGGGAGAGUGUCCCAGGCACCACGGUGCCACGGCUUUUCAGGGCCGGCGUGAUCGCUCAGACGAAAGGUCAAAGGGUGGCAGUCAGUCCCAAGAAAAGAAGAGUGGCGACGUCACCAAAGUGCGGGAAGGAGAACACCCCUGAAUACGCGUUGGAAAGAUGUCCUGUGGUCGUGGAGAAAACACCAGAGAAGAAGGAGAAAGUCGGGCUCAGGAGGAAACAAACUAACAUUACAGAUUUCUAUCAAGCAAAACGAAGAGUGGUUGGAACGCAGAGUAAAUCUGUGGAGUGAAUCCCAUCAGUCCCUGAAGGAGUGCCAAUAUUCCAUCACUCAGAAGAGACCUCAACACCUUGUCUGCACCGGUUCUUCAGACAAACUUUAUUGAUCCACAAGGGAAAUUAUUUAAAAUUAGGGGGCUUUUUUUUGAAGGGGAGGAUGAUUGAACGGGUUGUUUGGGUAUCCCAAGUUGGUAAGAAGUUGAAAUUUGAUCUGGGGAGAUUACUGUUAAUCUCCUCAAUGGUGGAUUUAUACUCAUUUGGAUCAAGCGGGUGUCCAAGUGUCGACUGAAUUAUUCCAUCUGUGCAUUCCGAAACUCAGUGGUGGACAAUACGUAAGAUGAACAAUAGUAAUACUUGAAACACAUCAGAGUUCAUAACAGUCUUCCUCUGGGAAUGUCAUCCAUUGAGGAUGGAAGCUCCUCUUGACUAACAGGAGUCCACUUUUUGUUGUUAUUUUUUACUUCUGUCUUUUUGUACUAUGAGGGGAAUGAGUCAUUUUAAUGUUACAUCUCCAUAAGCACUUCCAAAGUAUAUUUACCUUUUACACCUCGGGAUAUUUCUGUGUGGAAGGUUGCAUGUUCUCCCCGUGACUGCGUGGGUUCUCUCCGGGUACUCCGGUUUCUUCCCACCUCCAAAGACAUGCACCUGGGGAUAGGUUGAUUGGCAACACUAUAUUGACACUAGACAUGCACCUGGGGAUAGGUUGAUUGGCAACACUUAAUCGACACUAGACAUGCACCUGGGGAUAGGUUGAUUGGCAACACUUAAUUGACACUAGACAUGCACCUGGGGAUAGAUUAAUUGGCAACACUAAAGUGGCCCUAGACAUGCACCUGGGGAUCGGUUGAUUGGUAAAACUAAAUGGGCCCUAGUGUGUGAAUGUGAGUGUGAAUGUUGUCUGUCUAUCUGUGUUAGCCCUGUGAUGAGGGGGGACUUGUCCAGGGUGUAUGACACCUUCUGCCCGAAUAUAGCUGAGAUAGGCUCCAGGACCCCCGCGAACCGUAACGAGACAAGCAGUAGAGGAUGGAUGGAUAUCCAUACGUAUCACCAAUUCACAGGAAUAACACUUAGAAGAGUUCUGAUGUGCUAAAUUGAGAUUAGACACGGGUGCCAUCAUGUCGUCUUCUGUCUUGUGCACUGUAUGGAUAACACAGUGUAACACAUGUACAAAAUGUAUAUAUAUAUAUAUUUAUGAUAUAGAUAUUAGUUUCAUAGUAUAUAGUUUAUCACUGCAUUGUAAAGUAGCAUUGAUGAAUAGUAAACCCAUUGCAGUAUUGCACAUGCACACAUCCAGCAUUACAGUUUUCACAUGCAGUAAUUUAAUGGUGUCCCACCUGUAACAAUCAUGCAGUGCAUCAGACUCCACUGUGAUCUGCCUCAAAUGUUUGUCUCAUCAUGGAUCCUACGUAUGCGACUGAAACGCUAAUCAUGACAAACUGAUGUGCACAGCUGUUUUAUGUGUAAUGCUACAAAAUGAAAAUGUAUAUUUAUUGUCCCAUGCCUUGUUGAUUUUACUUUGUUGUGAAAAUAAAGAAAGUGUCAGAA